AGGACUUUAACACGCUCUGGAAAAAGCACCUGUAGCGGAUCUGCUUGGUCAUCACUUGUUCGCUUUACAGGAUCACUCGCUCACACAGCUUUCAUCCUAAAGUCUGCUUGAGAUUGUUGGACAAGUUAUUUUUUUCCCCUCUUCAUUUUCUUGCACAAUGGUCCAAGCUGAGCGGCGCACCGCGGCUUCCCUGCGCCAACUUGUCCUGGCACUUUGCGUGGCAUCAGCUAUCAUGGUCACAGAAGUAAACUCCAACACCAAUACUACAGAAACAACAACCAUCUCAACCACGACUCCUGUAACUACAGCAUCUGUCAGUGAUACAACGCCUCAGAUUGUCUCACUAAAUACGACAGUAAUGCCAAACACUAUUACAACACAUUAUUUAAAUACAACUUUUACAACACCAGAUAACAGUACUGCUACUACACCCAACACCACUACUCCCAUAUCAACCACCACCACUGAACCGUCAAUCAUCACCACUACAUUAUCAGAAUUCGACACUACAACCAAAAACAUCACCAGUAUGACCUCAGGCUCUACUGCUACAACCUCUAACAUCACCACUACACCCAUAUCCACACCUGAGAGUACCUACACUCCAAACAUCACUUCUACAACCUCAAACAUCACUGCUACAACCUCAGACAUCACUGCUACAACCUCAGACAUCACUGCUACAACCUCUAACAUCACCACUACACCCAUAUACACACCCGAGAGUACCUACACUCCAAACAUCACUGCUACAACCUCAAACAUCACUGCUACAACCUCAGACAUCACUGCUACAACCUCAGACAUCACUGCUACAACCUCUAACAUCACCACUACACCCAUAUCCACACCUGAGAGUACCUACACUCCAAACAUCACUGCUACAACCUCAAACAUCACUGCUACAACCUCAGACAUCACUGCUACAACCUCAGACAUCACUGCUACAACCUCUAACAUCACCACUACACCCAUAUCCACACCUGACAGUACCUACACACCAAACAUCACUGCUACAACCUCAAACAUCACUGCUACAACCUCAAACAUCACUGCUACAACCUCACCAGACAUCACUGCUACACCUACACCAAACAUUACUGCUACAACCUCAAACAUCACUGCUACACCCACACCAAACAUCACUGCUACACCAACAACAAACAUCACUACUACAACCUCAAACAUCACUACUACACCCUCACCAGACAUCACUGAUACAACCUCAAACAUCACUGCUACACCCACACCAAACAUCACUGAUACACCAACAACAAACAUCACUACUACGACCUCAAACAUCACUACUACACCCUCACCAGACAUCACUGAUACAACCUCAAACAUCACUGCUACACCUACACCAAACAUCACUGCUACAACCUCAAACAUCACUGCUACACACACACCAAACAUCACUGCUACAACCUCAAACAUCACUGCUAUACCUACACCAAACGUUACUGCUACAACCUCAAACAUCAGCACUACACCCACACCAAACAUCACUGAUACACCCACACCAAACAUCACUGUUACACCAACACCAAACAUCACUGCUACAACCUCAAACAUCAGCACUACACCCACACCAACCAUCACUGCUACAACCUCAAACAUCACUGCUACACCCACAACAAACAUCACUGCUACAACCUCAAACAUCACUGCUACACCCACAACAAACAUCACUGCUACACCCACACCAAACAUCACUGAUACACCAACAACAAACAUAAUUACUACAACCUCAAACAUCACUUCUACACCCUCACCAGACAUCACUGCUACAACCUCAAACAUCACUGUUACACCCACACCAAACAUCACUGCUACAACCUCAGACAUCACUGGUACACCCUCACCAGACAUCACUGCUACAACCGCAAACAUCACUGCUACACCAACAACAAACAUCACUGCUACAGACUCAAACAUCACUGCUACACCCACACCAAACAUCACUGCUACAACAACACCAAACAUCACUGUUACACCCACACCAAACAUCACUGGUACACCCACACCAAACAUCACUGCUACACCCUCAAACAUCACUGGUACACCCUCACCAGACAUCACUGCUACAACCUCAAACAUCACUGCUACACCUACACCAAACAUUACUGCUACAACAACACCAAACAUCACUGCUACAACCUCAAACAUCACUGGUACACCCUCACCAGACAUCACUGCUACAACCUCAAACAUCACUGGUACACCCUCACCAGACAUCACUGCUACAACCUCAAACAUCACUGCUACACCUACACCAAACAUCACUGAUACACCCACAGCAAACAUCACUGCUACAACCUCAAACAUCAGCACUACACCCACACCAACCAUCACUGCUACAACCUCAAACAUUACUGCUACAACCUCAAACAUCACUGCUACACCCACACCAAACAUCACUGCUACACCAACACCAAACAUCACUGCUACAACCUUAAACAUGACUGCUACACCCUCACCAGACAUCACUGCUACAACCUCAAACAUCACUGCUACACCCACAACAAACAUCACUGCUACACCCACACCAAACAACACUGUUACAUCCUCAAACAUCACUGCUACACCCACACCAAACUUCACUGCUACAACCUCAAACAUCUCUGCUACACCCACACCAAACAUCACUGCUACAACCUCAAACAUCACUGCUACACCCACACCAAACGUCACUGCUACACCAACACCAAACAUCACUGCUACAACCUUAAACAUGACUGCUACACCCUCACCAGACAUCACUGCUACAACCUCAAACAUCACUGCUACACCCACACCAAACAUCACUGCUACACCCACACCAAACAACACUGUUACAUCCUCAAACAUCACUGCUACACCCACACCAAACUUCACUGCUACAACCUCAAACAUCUCUGCUACACCCACACCAAACAUCCCUGCUACAACCUCGAACAUCACUGCUACAACCUCGAACAUCACUGCUACACCCUCACCAAACAUUACUGCUACACCCACACCAAACAUCACUGCUACAACCUCAAACAUCACUGCUACAGCCUCACCAACCAUCACUGCUACACCCGCACCAAACAUCACUGCUACAACCUCAAACAUCACUGCUACAUCCACACCAAACAUCACAACUGGGCCUCCGGUUCCACCUGUUCCAACUGCCACACCAGCUACCUGUCCACCCUGUCCACCUCUCACCAUGUGUGUUAACUCCAUCUGUGAGUGUCUGCCUGGAAUGUACUUGUCACAAGGCCAGUGUCUUGAAGGAAAAGUAUUUCCAGGAACGCUGCGCUUAUCAAAAGAAGAUUUUACACCUGAUAUGAGUGAUCCUAACUCUGUGGCAUUUCAAAAGAUGGCCAAUAUGAUCAUUAAUUUGCUAAACAAAAGCUUCAGUACUUCAAAUGGCUACGUAAAAUCUAUUGUUCUGAAACUAACUAAAGGCAGUGUGGUGGCUACAGUGAACAAUGUGUUUCACUUGAACUCUGACGCUACAGUACAGUCUGUAACGAAUGCCGUACAGACGAUCACUAAUGUGGAAUAUACCUCUACGGAUCUCUGUGAUCAGAGUCCAUGUGACACCAGCACCACAACGUGUAGUAGUAAUGAUACGGAUGGCACUAUUAAAUGCACCUGCAACCCGGGCUACAUAUCAAAUGUCUUUUCUACAAAAAGCUGUACAGCCUGUCCCAGUGGUCAAAGAGCAGAUGGCCAAAGAUGUGUGCCGUGUGCGUUUGGUUAUUCUGGCUUCAACUGUAAUGACUCGGCGUUGUUGGCGUUGGUGGUGGUCGCCGUCGUUGUGGGAGGAAUUUUGCUCUUCUUGGUUUUGGCCCUGAUCAUCUUCUGUUCGCUCCAACAGGGAAAGCACACCUCCAUCCGCAACAGUCCUUACUCUUCAGAUGACAUCCAGAUGUGGCCGUCCCACAACAUCACUCCCAUCCCUCGCGCGUCUCUCGGCAACAAUGCUAACAAUGGUACGGAGACCUAUGGUACAGAGAUGCCCAUGCCAGAUACAAUCAAACCCAGCAACGGGUUGAAGUUAAGAGGAAAGAUGGGCUCCUAUGAUCUCAUGCCGUUAGAAGAAAACCUAAAAACGUUUAAAGGCAAAAACCCUUCACGUUAUUCCUACUUGGUUGAGGGUCAUGAAAACCCUUACUUCAAUACAGCAGAUGAGGAAACGACAUCAUCCUGAUUGGAGAAAAGAGAAGAGGAGACAAGAGGAGCCAAGACGACACUUGGAGAUGACAAAGUGGGGUCGUUAUUUUUUUAAAGCAAACACAAAUGACUCUUUCAUACUCAUUGGUCCAUUUUGUUCUAUCGAGGAAAAGUCUUUUCAAUAAACUUUCUUAAAUGUAUAUUGGUUCCUCCUUUCAAUCUGUAAUAUUGUUUAAAUGUCUUUUUACAGAUGUCUUUGUGCCCUUUAUCAUAUCGCCAACGUUGAUCUGACAGAAAAUCAUCACCUUUACAUUAUGUUAAUUAUAGGAUCAUGUCUUAAGAUUCCUGAAAACACGAUACUGCAUGUAGAUGCCUGUUUAUCUUGCUGUUGGAGUUGGUUCACACUUGGUUGGUCCAUGCUGUUAUAAUAACCUUAAACAUGAUUGUGUGAUUGAUUUUAUUUAUUUCACAAUUUUUAUUACGUUUUUGCGAUUGUGUCACUUGUAAACGAGAGACUUUAGAACAAAAACAAUAUUUUAAGCAAUUUUUUCACAUCAUCAUCAUCAUCAUCAUCGUCUACUUCAGAAUCAUUGUUAUACUGUGUCUGUUGUUCAUUGUAGUCUUUUUGUCUCACUUUUGCACUUGUCUCACUUUUUUUUUGCACAUGUUUUAGGACGCUAUAAUUAGGGCUUCACAAUAUGGAGCGAAUAUUACAUCACAACAUUUACUUAUUAAAAUACACAUUUAAAGUUGAGAUAAAGAUUAUUUAAUGAAAUAUUGUGUUGCCUGGGUUAUAAGUGAAUAUUUAAAAGGGCUAGAGCUCUUUGGGGGCUUGUGAUGCAUUUUUUUCAAAGGGACUCACUCUGGUAUAAAUUUCUGCUGUAUGUUUGCUGCACGCCUCUCAGUGGUCCUUUACACAUAGAGAUUUUUUUAUGCACGGAUAAGAGUUUAUUGCAUUUAAUGCAGUGGCAGUGCCAAUAAUGAAUAAUGUAUUUAGAAGUAUAUAUAAUAUCUAUUUCUUUUAUUCAAAUGUCUACAGUGUAUUGUGUUCUAAAGGUAAAUCCUUCUUUCUUUGUAAAUCGUUUUUGUAAACUGGUGUAAAAAAUUAAAUAUGCAAAAGACAAAUAAAUAUAUUUAGAUAA